AUGAACCAGCACGAGAUCAACGAGCUGUGGGAGCUCAUACGAGACUCCGAGUAUGAGGCUGAUUUUUUCACGUCUGCUGUUCACGCGGGGAUCGAAGGCCGCGGCGAAGGGCCGCUCGCCGUUGUCAGUGUGGAUGCAAGGAGAAAUGGCGAGCAAGCUUUCUUGCGUACAUGCCGCAAGGUGUCUGGUAUGGACUUGAGGAGGUUCGCGGAUGAGUGGAUCUACGGCAGUGGAUUCCCGACCUUCACCGCGUCGUUCAACCGGAAGAAGAUGGCGAUGGAGAUCCAUAUGCGGCAAGACUUCCCUGCGUACGAGGCUAGAGAUGAUGUGCACCGCGCGUUAUCAAAACCCGUCGAGCUGUUCGAGGGACAGACGAUCCGGAUUCACGAGGCAGAUGGGACGCCGUACGAGCAUGUGCUGGAUAUCAGAGCGCACGAGAAGCGGCUUGACCAAUACCAAGCGGCACAAGCGGCAGCUGAGGGCGACGUAGAAGCUGCGGAGGCUAUGCGCAUGGUCGACAUCUCCUUCGGCCUGGACAACUGGAAGAAAGAGCGCGAGCGCCACCCGUGCAAGAUACAUAACUGGACAGAGGACGACGAGAACGUGAUGAACGGCGCGACGUAUGAGUGGAUCCGGAAGGACGCCGACUUCGAGUGGAUAUUGAGCAUCACUUUCAGCCAACCGGAUCUCAUGUGGGUGAGCCAGUUGCAGGGGAACCGCGAUGUGGUGGUCCAGCUUAAGGCGGUUAAUGCGCUUGCGAAGAUGCCGGCGAAUCCGAUCAUCAGUUCGACGUUGACGAAGACGGUGCUGGUCACGAAUUAUCUCUUUAGGAUCAGGUGUGAGGCGCGGCGGCUUUGCUCACGGUGUUGCGCUAUCCGGAAACACGAGUUCCUCGGCCUCUUCCACCUCUUCGGGCGCUUCCUCCGCUCCUGCUACAAUCCCGAAGCACCGGACCAGGACCUCUUCGUUCAUUCCUACGUGCCACGUCCAAACGACUUCUCCGACAUCGCCGAGUACCUCAUGCGUCGGGCACUCACCCGCACCAUUGCACAAGUCCGCUCUGAGGACGGCAAUACGCCCGCCUUCGUGCGCAAGUCCCUCGUCGACUUGCUCAAUCUCGUGGGCGCAUCUUUGUGUGUGAACGCACCAGAGAAGGGAGAGUUGGCGGGAGAUGUCGCGCAGGCGUCUAUGGAACCUGUAGACGCGAGGUUGUUGAAGGAGGCCAUAGCCGAGGUCGACCGCUACAGGAACAUGGACCGCUUGAUCUCUUCACCUCACAACUCUAUCACCGUCGCAGCCCUUGCGUUCAGGCUUGUGCUCAGCACGUCCAAGAUCGUGCGAUAUGUCUUGGCCGUUAUAGCGCACGACUCGAGCCGGGUCGUGAGGAGACGGGUCGCGCGGAACGCAGGGCGCAGUCUGGCGUUGUUCGUGGCCGUGGGGGAAUCGAGGGGAGGAGGAUCCAAGGGCGACGAGAGCAGACCGACAUUAAUUGAGGACGGCACUGGAGAGUGCGCGGAUGAGAAGAGGAAGAAGGGCGAGGUUGAUGCGCUCAUCAAGGCGUUGCGCAAGGACAAGGAUAUCGGCAAGGGCGAAGCUCUACGCGAGAUCUUCUACCGCUCGACCCGAACGCCGACGCUGAGAUGCGCUGGAGCGUGCUCAAGCUCGCGGACGUGCUCAUCAAAGGAAGCGAAGAGGCCCCGCCCAAACUUAGCUUUCAUAUCCCGCCGCCGACACCCGUUAUCGUCCCCGCAGCCGUCUUCAGCCAUUCCGACGGUCAAGGUCCCCGUGAAGAAGGCGGGUACGCCGGUGCCCCCCAGCAUCAAGCUCAAACUGCCAACGCUGCCGCAAACGCUCGUUGACCCGGUGUCCGCUAGUCCAUCGGUGUUGGCCAGUGCGCCUGUGGUAAGCUUGUUGGCGCCGAGAGUGCAGCUCAGCAAGUCACGGCCGGCGUCGUGUACGGCGUCUCCGGCGCCUACUCCGGCGCCUGUGCUGAAGAAGCCUACGGCGCUUCCGCCACCUUCGCCCGCCCCCGCGCCCGUGGUCUUGCUUUCCAAAUCUCGUCCACCGAAGUCUGGUCCGAAAGCGCAGAAUGGUGGGAUGGGCAUCGCCGAUCUCAAGACAACGCGCUCAGUCCCACGGAAACUCACACAACAUAAGGCCACCACUCUCUUCCGCCAGCUCGUCGACCCCGUGCGCGACCAAGCGCCUGGCUACUUCGAUAUCAUCAAGCAGUCCAUGGACCUUUCCAACAUGCGCGCCAAGCUCGAAGCCGGCCUCUAUCCCGACCGAUUUGCAUUCGAGGCCCACUUCAGUCUCAUGAUCCGCAACGCGAAGACGUACAAUGUGCAUGCGACGUUCGUAGCGAAAGAGACGAGCAAUUUGGAGAGCUAUCUUGAGACGCAGUGGUGUCGGAUAAGCAAGAUGACUGAGAAGGCUCAGCCGGCUGUUCAGGCUAGGGCGCAGAGGGAGAGGGCGAUGCCGCCGCCACCUGUUCCUAUGCCUAUCAAGACGCCGGAGGAAGUCGUCAAACCACCUUUAACGAUCGGAGGUGUGGGCACGCCUAUCGCUGGUCCUUCGUCGCCAGCGCUUCCGGCUACACCUACACCUGCGCCCAAACCCAAACCGCGCAAACCAUCGAAACCCACACCCGCACCCCCAUUACCGGAUGAUGGGACGCCCGAUCUGUUCGAGGAGGUGCUCGCGAUCGAGAAGGAGCGUGGUGCGCCCAUAGCGUCGAGCUCGAGCUCGUCGUUGGCUCCGCCGGGCAAGAUGGAGAAAGAUACGACGGAUGAUGAUGAGCCGAGUAAGAAGCGGGGUCAGAGCAGGAACUCGUCUGUGCGCGGGACAUCCUCAAUCAAGCUCAAGACGCAGGCGCAGGAGGCGCCGGCCGAGCGCAAGCUGAGUUGCCCCGAGAAGAGGAGCCUGCAGGCGCUCAUGAACACGAUCGUCAUGAAAGAUUGCGUCGUACAGGUUGUUCGCCUUCCGCGAGAGCCCGUAGACCCGAUAAUGCUCGGUAUCCCGACCUGCUUCGACGUCAUCCCGCGCAAAGGCGCUCGCGACCUCCGCACGAUCCGCACCGAACUCGAACAAGAUAAACACGAGGGCGUCGCGACCGGAGAAGUUGACAUGAACCUGAUGGUCAACAACGCGAUCCAUUUCAACAACGCGGACUCGGAGGUCGGCAUUCUGGCUAUGCAGCUAAAGACCGCGGCAACGAUCUGCUUGUGA